UAACAUCACAGUCUCGCGAGAACACAGUGACAACACGGGCUUGGAGAAGGAGAUGGGGAGAAAUGCGGUCUGAAAAGGACCAAAUGAUCGUGGCCAAGGAGAAAAGCGUCGUCGAGAUACAGUUUAGGGACAUCCCGAGAGAGCAGGACAACAUCCCCGGUAACCUCAAACCGAAAGAGGAGAAGAAGGAGGUUUUCACCAAGGUUGUGAUUCGAAGGCUUCCUCCUCACCUGUCAAAAGACCAACUAGAAGAACAGCUCAGCCCUCUGCCCUCCUAUGACUAUUUUGAGUUCUUCCCAGCAGAUCAAAGUCUGUAUCCUCACCUCUUCUCGAGAGCAUACAUCAAUUUUAAAAACCCUGAAGAUAUCCUGCUGUUUAGAGACAGAUUUGAUGGCUAUGUCUUUAUUGACAACAAAGGUCAGGAAUAUCCUGCAGUAGUAGAGUUUGCCCCCUUCCAGAAAAUUUCCAAGAAGAAGCUAAAAAAGAAAGAUGCCAAAGCCGGGAGCAUUGAAGAAGAUCCAGAGUACAAGCGAUUCUUGGAGAAUUACUCCUGUGAUGACGAGAAGUCUAUGGCCAAUCCUGAGACUCUCCUGGGAGAGAUAGAGGCCAAAACCAGAGAGCUCAUAGCCAAACGAACAACACCCCUGUUGGAGUACAUAAAAAAUAAGAAAAUAGAGAAACAGAGAAUAAGAGAGGAGAAGAGAGAGGAGCGGAGGAGGAGAGAGCUGGAAAAGAAACGGCAAAGAGAAGAGGAGAAGAGGAAGCGACGAGAGGAGGAGAGGCGCAAACGGAAAGAGGCUGAGAAGCAGAAGAAACUGUCCGAUAAAGACAUCAAAAUCAAACUCCUGAAGAAGAGCGACAGAGACGACGAUGUGGAUUCGGACCGAAUUAAGGACAAAAGUGACACUGGGGAGGCAGACAGAGGGAAAUGGGAAAAAGCAGGAGGACAAAUGAAGUCAAAGGACCCCAAGGAAAAAGGUCAGCCUGAGAGUGACAAGGAGCAAAGAGAACAGCACGGACGGCGACAGAGGGAUAAAGAUCACAGAGGGAAAGAUGAAGAGCGGAAACGACAGAGACACCACUACGAGUUUGAUAAAUAUAUGCGGCGUAAAGAUGAGACCAAGUGGGGGAAGGGCUACUGCCAAGACCGAGCCAAGAAAGAGGGACAUCACCAUGGCUUCUCCUACUGUCCUGACAGUGGAGACAAGCUAGGGAAGGAAGACAGGGAGGACCUGAGUAACAGGAAGGAACGCCUCCGAAACAAGGUGAGCGAGAAGGACCGUCCCGCCAUGCAGCUCUACCAACCAGGCGCACGCAACCGCAAACGCAUGAACUCAGCAGGCAAAGGCUACGACUGCAUCCCUGUGGGCCCCUCAUCUGAAUCCGGAGCAGAUCACUGUUAUGAGGUUGUUACUAUGGCAACAGGGCUGGAGAAGAUGUUCGACAAGAGCAAAGAUGAGCUGUGAGCAGUUACAGGAAAUCAAAGUACAUGAUUCAGCUUUUCAGGCCACGUUGAUGGUGACAGGUUUGACUGUAAUGAUGAGACUAAUCAAUCCCACUGAGGUAGAAAGCGCCUCAAAGGCAAGAGGUCUGAAUGUUGUUCAAGGAGCGUGUACAUUUUUAGCACAUGUUAAAGGUCCAGUGUGUAUCAUUCAGGAGGGUUUAUUGGCAGAAAUGUAAUAUACUACACAUAAGUAUGUGUUUGAUCGCUUUAAAAUAAAACUAAUUUGGUUUUCGUAGCCUAAGAAUAAGACUUUUAUAUGUACUUGAGGCAAGGAGGGGCCUUGCUUUACAGUGGCCACAAUUUGCAUUUUUAAGCAGAAGCUUGACACUCAAAUUAAAGUAUAAACCAAAAAAAAAAAGGAGGAAACUGCAGAGUGUGAGUGUUGAGUGUUUACAUCCUUUCUGGUAUGUGAAAGCCAUUGUAGUUGUCCUCACAUUAGAUAUCAGUGAUUCUUACACACCACUGGACCCUUAUACCCUAUAUUUUACAAGUCUAUGUAGAAUACUGAGAACUGAUACAACAAUAGCAGUCACAUUAGUAACAGCACAACAGUUACAUUAGUAUAUUUCACACACUAAUUGAUACGUUGAUGUUUGAUUUAUUUAUUUAUUUUUAAUUGAAGUCCUCUUGCUUGCUCUGUCACAUGAGGCAGUCCAGUGUCCAGUCGGUCAUCCGGUCUAUGAAGUGUGUCCCCGUAAGAGACAGUUCUCGUGUGACGUCCCUCAACAGUUUGGUGGAACUGAAGUAAUUGCUCAAACUUUUUCAGAGACACUGCUAAACUGGGAUGUUUCUUUCAAAAAAAAUGAAUAAAUCCUUUUAUGAAAAUGGAUUUUAAUGUAAGGAAUGAGGAACUUUUGCAGAGAUGUAGAAAAUCUAACCCUGGGAAUCCUGUGUGUGUUUUUGUUUGUGUACAGGUGAGUGACUGAGGGGAAAAGUUAUUAUUUAUUAAGAGGACAACAUGUCAACAAGUUUUAUCUCUCUUUCCUAAUGUCUGUCAGUCAUGCUACAUUUGGUUCUUUUUUUAUUCUCUUGAUUCUUACAGUAGAGACCAGAGUGUGUUUAAUGAGCUUUGUACAUGAUCAUCUGUGAGCCAGGAAGAACACAUUCAAUACAUUUAUAUAUAGCAUUCAAUGUAAAUGAAAUGGCAGUAUGAGAAAGAAAAGUGAAUAUAAUACAUUUUUAAUGGUACAUGUUUUGUAUUAGAUAUUAUGAAAAUAAUUACUAAAAGGUGUAAAUAUGGAGUGUGUUUAACAAGAUUUAUGCCCUAAUAUUUGUCUAUCACACCUCUUGUAUCCCUUUUUCUCCUUAAACUGUGAGGAAAUAAAGCUCUUCUGAUGUUA